AUGCGUACCCUUUCUUUUGCUCUUGCUCUUCUUGGAAGCGCCAAUGCCUUCUUUAGGUUGCCAUGCAGUACUGAGCCUAUUAUCCAAGCACGCAUUGACCCCAUAAUUUCUCCUGGUCGAAAACCGUCGAAUCAUGUCCAUACGGUCCAUGGUGCUAAGAAUUUCGCUUCGAACUCUACAUACUCGACCCUUCGUGCUUCAUCUUGCACUAAUUGCAAGGUUACUCAGGAUUUAUCUAAUUACUGGUAUCCCAAAUUGUAUUUCCGUGACCCCAAGACCAAGUUGUUCGAGCCUGUUGGAAACGGAGGCUUGCUCGUAUAUUAUUUGCAACGUGGGGACGGUGAUGUGGCAAAUGGUGGACCUGGCCUGAAAGCCUUCCCAGAGGGACUCAAGAUGAUAAGCGGCAACCCUCGCUCGCGUUCCAAAAAGUUUGCUGCAGAAACUGGUUCUCAAGACGAGCUGCGUGAGCGUGCUACAAAAUGGGCAUGCUUGCGCUAUACCGGCGGACAAACUGGCUACGAGGGAUAUGGCUUCCCUACCACCGAUUGUGAAGCUGGAUUUCAAGCGAGGCUCCACUUGCCUUCUUGUUGGGAUGGCAAGAACGUGGACUCACCUGACCACGUGUCUCAUGUGGCAUACCUAGAUCGUUUGGACAAUGGCAGAUGUCCAAGCACCCACCCUGUUCCGUUUAUUCAUCUAUUCUAUGAGGUUACUUGGGACGUUCAUGAUUUUGCCGACCGCUGGACUGAGGCCGAUGGUUGGCCUUUCGUCUGGUCCACCGGUGAUGCUACCGGAUACUCCUGGCACGGCGACUUUCAGAAUGGAUGGGAUACCCAGGUUUUGCAAACUGCUAUCGAUACCUGCAACAACCCCAACGACGACACUGGGAGUGGUGUAAUCGAGGCAUGCAAAGCAUUAGUGCUUCAGGAUGAUGCGGUAUCGAAGACGUGCAAGGCGGUUCCCGAGUUGACUGAAACAAUUGGCGGACAACUGACUAAGCUCCCUGGUCCUGCCGCAGACUGGAAUAUAUGCCGCCAAGCUAAACAGGCUCUAGAACGCAUUGAUCCUAUUAUUUCUCCCGGUCAAAAGCCCUCCAAUCACGUCCAUACCGUACAUGGUGCUAAAAACUUCCGCUCAAAUGCCACAUACUCGUCUCUCCGUGCUUCAUCUUGCACGUCGUGUAAGGUUACCCAGGACUUGUCAAACUACUGGUUCCCCAAGCUUUACUUCCGCGACCCAAAGACAAAGCUCUUUGAGCCAGUAGGAAACGGAGGUCUCCUUGUAUACUACUUAAACCGUGGGGAUGCCGACGUCUUUUACGGCGGGCCUGGUCUGAAAGCCUUCCCCGAGGGCUUCAAAAUGAUUAGCGGAAACCCUCGCUCGCGCUCUAAGAAAUUUGCUACGGAGACCGGCUCUCAGGAAGAGCUACGGGAACGUGCCACGAAGUGGGCAUGCUUGCGUUACAGUGCUGGUUUACCAGGAUACGAAGGAUAUGGAUUUCCCACUACCGACUGCGAGGCAGGUUUCCAGGCCAGGCUUCACAUGCCUUCUUGUUGGGAUGGAAAGAAUGUAGAUUCGGCGGAUCACAUGUCCCACACGGCAUACCUAGAUCGUUUGGAUAACGGAAAAUGCCCCAGUACACACCCCGUCCCUCUCAUUCAUUUGUUUUACGAGGUUACUUGGGACAUUCACGCGUUUGCUUCUCGUUGGACUGCCGCCGACGGUUGGCCAUUUGUCUGGGCUACCGGCGACCCUACUGGAUACUCCUGGCACGGAGACUUCCAGAACGGGUGGGAGACAUCAGUCCUCCAGAAGGCUAUCGACACCUGCAACAACCCCAACGACGACACCAUCAACGGCAUCAUCGAAGCAUGCAAGGCGUUUAAGCUCCAGGACGACGUUGUGGGGAAGGCAUGCAAGGCAGCUCCUGAGCUGACUGAGGCUGUGGAUGGCAAGCUGGCUAAGCUUCCUGGAUGCAACCCGAUCCAGGCUGGUCCAGGAGAUGCCACUCUGUACAGUGACUCCAGCUGUCCAGUCUAA